AUUAAUCCAGUUCAAUUUGAAAUCUGACAAUAAAUAUUGUUUCAAUAUUAUUCCAUUGAACUUUCUUUGUCAGAUGUUGACCACAUACAGACGUUAAUACAACUGUUGGCUACUUCAAUAUACAUGGGACUGAAUCAUAGCGCACGGUAAGACAUUAUUUGGUGUUCCCGACCUUUACCUUUGGAUGAGGAAAUUCUCUCUAACUGAAUACCCCUGCUGUAUAGCUUUUAGCCCAAUUAAGUGCAGGUGCUCAGUAAACUUUAGGUUUAAGCAAUAAACCAAUAAUUGUAUUUAUUGAAAUCUGGUUUUGAGUGAUAAUAUAACUUUUGGGGGUUUUCUUGAAAUGGACAGUGAUACAAAUAACUUAUAGUAUGUAAUUAUAGCCCUGACUUGGGCCAUUCUAAAUAAUGAUUAAUUCAACGUUUCUUUCUUAAAGUAUAUUUUGUUAAUAGCCUAAUAAUUACUUACUUUUACCAACUAACAUUUUGAAUACACCGUUCAAAAUGCUUAGAAGUUAUUUUUACUUAAAUAAUCAUAUUGGAUAUUUAUUUUUGUACUGACUUCGAAGAAACAAAAACUCAGCUUUCAUUGAAAAGUACCACAUUUCAUUGUGAAUUGAAGCGAGGUAGAUGUCCAUCAUUCCCACUGAUGUUAAAUGGACAAGUUGUGAAUAAAAUGCCAACAGUUCAAAGCGGAAAGAAAAGGUCGCGCACUUCGACUGUCGGAACUUUAACAGUGUGACAUCCGGCGGAAGUAAAUAACGCAAGAGCCAGCAGUGUGAACUGUUUACACGUGUGUGUCUAGUUAAGGGACUCUGUUGAAACCCUGGUGCAGAUACUUUUUCACUUGUACUUAAACAACAAUGUUGUCAGUUGAGUAUUUGAGAGAGUUUGUCAACGAGCGACUAUCUGCUGCUGCUGAAGACAUAUUCGGAGUUUUUGAAAAAACUAUUGUUGAGUACGAGGAAGAGAUCGACCGUCAGAGCAGACUGUUGAAUAUCGUGUGGAAACCGGAAAUAAAGUUACACAGGAUAGAGCUCCCACAGCAACAUGUCUGUAAGGAGGAGGAGGUUCUCUCUGACCAGCAGCUCUGUAUUCAGGAGAGGAACUCCAGUCUGGACCAAGAGGACCCAGAUCCUCCACAGAUCAAAGAGGAACAGGAGGAACUCUGCACCAGUCAGGAGGGAGAGCAGCUUGAGCUGAAGGAGGAGACUGAAACCUUCAUGAUGACUCCUAUUGAUGAGGAAAGUGACCACAGUGAACCAGAACCAACAAGAGACCAAGAGACUCCAACCCUCAAUCCUGAUGACACGAUCAACUUACCCAUUAUAAGCCCUGUGGUAUCAGGACCAGAAAGUGACCACCAGCUCCUCUCCAGCAACUCUCAUACAGCUGAGAGCCAAGAUCACAAACGAGCCAAGAAGAGAGACUCGAGAUUUUUUCAAUGUGACACGUGUGAGAAGGCUUUUCAGUUUAAGUCAAAGUUGCAGAGACACAUGAUGAUACACACAGGUGAAAAGCCAUUUACUUGCGACACGUGUGGGAAAAGGUUCACUCGGACAGCAUCAUUGCAUGCUCAUAAGAGAAUCCACACAGGGGAGAAGCCGUUUUCUUGCAAAACAUGCGGGAAAGGUUUUAAAUGGCGUAGCUGCUUCAAAAUCCACAUGAAAUCUCACUCGGAUGGCAAGCCACGGAUGCAUACUUUUAAGACCUGUGGGAAAAUAUUAAUAAAGAAAUCAUCAUUGAACGCUCACGUAAGCAUCCACACAGGCGAGAAGCCGUAUUCUUGCAACACCUGUGGGAAAAUAUUCAGUCAUAAAUCAUCAUUAACAGCUCAUGUGAGCAUCCACACGGGCGAGAAGCUGUUUUCUUGCAAAAUAUGUGGGCGAGAUUUCAGACUCGUUAAUAACUUGAGGUCCCACAUGACAACCCACACGGGUGAAAGGCCGUAUUCUUGCAGCACAUGCGGGAAAAGAUUCAGUCGGAGAUCACAACUGAAGGCCCAUAUGAGAAUUCAUACAGGGGAGAAGCCAUUUUCUUGCAAAAUAUGUGGAAGACAUUUCAGAUACGAUACUGGCUUGCUGGCCCACAAGAAAAGAGACCACACUGGCGAGAACAGGGGGCAGCAAUACAGUAUAGCGGACUCCGUAAAAGCCGGUAAAGACAUAGAAGAAGAAAAACAAGGAGAGCUCCCACAGCAACAUGUCUGUAAGGAGGAGGAGGUUCUCUCUGACCAGCAGCUCUGUAUUCAGGAGAGGAACUCCAGUCUGGACCAAGAGGACUCAGAUGCUCCACAGAUCAAAGAGGAACAGGAGGAACUCUCUGUGGUAUCAGGACCAGAAAGUGACCACCAGCUCUUCUCCAACAACUCUCAUACAGCUGAGAGCCAAGAUCACAAACGAGCCAAGAAUGGAGACUCAAGAUCAACUAAACAUGCAGAGCCGAAAGUUAAGAAAAGACGUUGCAAAAGGAAGAGUCUCACAAAGAGUCAAUCUGACCCGACUACGUCAAAGAGUGACACAACAAUGUCUUCAGUUGACUAUUUAAGAGAGUUUGUCAACGAGCGACUAUCUGCUGCUGCUGAAGAAAUAUUCAGAGUUUUUAAAAAUGCGAUCGUUGAGUACCAGGAAGAGAUCGACCGUCAGAGCAGACUGUUGAAUAUCGUUUGGAAACCUGUAAUACAGUUACACAGGAUAGAGCUCCCACAGCAACAUGUCUGUAAGGAGAAGGAGGUUCUCUCUGACCAGCAGCUCUGUAUUCAGGAGAGGAACUCCAGUCUGGACCAAGAGGACCCAGAUCCUCCACAGAUCAAAGAGGAACAGGAGGAACCCUGCACCAGUCAGGAGGGAGAGCAGCUUGAGCUGAAGCAGGAGACUGAGACCUUCAUGUUGACUCCUAUUGAUGAGGAAAGUAACCACAGUGAACCAGAACCAACAAGAGACCAAGAGACUCCAAACCUCAAUCCUGAUGACACCAUCAACUUACCUGUUAUAAGCUCUGUGGUAUCAGGACCAGAAAGUGACCACCAGCUCCUCUCCAACAACUCUCAUGUAGCUGAGAGCCAAGAUCAGAAAGGAAGCGAGCAUGAAGACUCAGAAUCAACUUGCGAUUCAGAACCAAAGAAAAGAAAACAGAAAAGCAGAAGAAGAAACAAUGUUAACAACUCUAGUGUCUUAGAUAGUCACGAUAUCACUCACACAGGUAAACAGACUAACAAAUGCGAUACAUGUGGAAGAGAGUUUAAAUAUAAGUCAGAGUUGCAGAGACACAUGAGCGUCCACACAGGUGAGAAGCCCAAUGCAUGCAAAGAAUGUGGGAAAGACUUCAGUUGUAGCAACGCCUUGAAAGUUCACAUGAGAAUCCACACAGGUGAGAAGCCCUUUGUUUGCAAAACAUGUGGGAAAAGAUUCCGCGAGUCCUCCAUAUUUAAGGGUCAUAUGAGAACCCACACAGGUGAGAAGCCACAUUCUUGUAAAACAUGUGGGAGGAGAUUCAGUCAUUUAUCCUCUUUAAAGAUUCACACAAGAACCCACACAGGUGAGAAGCCCUAUUCUUGUAAAACGUGUGGGAAAGGUUUCAAGUGUGCUAGUGACUUGACAAUCCAUAUGAGAACCCACACGGGCGACAAACCGUACAGUUGCAAGACCUGCGAGAAAAGAUUCUGUGAUAUUUCACCAUUGAUAAGGCACAUGAAAAUCCACACAGGUGAGAAACCACAUUCUUGUCAAACAUGUGGGAAAGCAUUCAUUCGGGAAUCAUCGUUGAAGAGUCACAUGAAAACCCACGCAGUCCAGAAGUCAUAUUCGUGCACAACUUGUGGAAGAGAUUUCAGAAAAAACAUUGGCUUGUUGGCUCACAUGAGAAGAGCCCACACUGGGGAGAAGCUGUUAACGUAGCAGCACACACAAAGGAGAAACUCCUGUGGAGACAUGUUUACUAACUGACUUACAUACUUGUGCAGCAGCUUCAUCUCUGUAACUGAAUGUGUGAUGUGGCAAUAUCUUAUUGUAAAGUUUCCCUUCAUGUGACUAUUUCUGUACAGUACAGUGUGUGAGUUUACAGUCGGGGCUUUUAAUGUUUGUGGGUUUUGCCAAAUGUAUAUUUAUGUAUGUUGGGAUCACUUUUAGUUUAAAGUUUAAUAUGGUCUUAAAAUCGAUGUACACCUUGUAAUAUUUGAUAGUUCUAUGAAUCCACUUGCACAUCUUUGCAAGAGGUCAGAUUUAUAUUUGAGAGUGAAUGACAUCACUUUUUUAUACGAUACGAGAUGUCCUAUGAAAUGUGAAUGUGCCUUCUUUUUGCUAUUGUUAUACACUUCCCGUCUAAUGUCUGUCCACAUUUUUGGCAUUUCCCUGAAAUGACAGAUGAUUGAUCUCAUACCAAAUUAGUUUCCAGUUGAUUUUAAAGAAUAUGAUGCUAAGUGGAAGAAACCCGUAUCCCCUUUUCCAGUCACAGAACUUGCCAGUGUGCAGAGGAGUGAUUGUUGUAUGGAUAAGAGCAUUUGCCAAAUUGCAAUAGAUUUAUAUUUUUCAAAAGACCAGCAUCUUGUGUUUUUUUUUGUUAGUAGUUUUAGUUUGCAAUCACCAAAACGCUGAUCUAGAUGCAUUUUGAUGAACGAAACUAAGACUACCACAUCCACAUCACCACCUUUUAUCCACAAAUAUUUAAAUAUCAUGGAAUUAUGUGGCAUUGUGUUCAUGAAUAAACGUUUUGUUAAUUUAAACAUCA